AUGACAAAAGGGGAUCAACCGAUUGAUAUCAAUAAGACAUGUCUUCAGUUGUGUCACAAAUAUUUAGCGGGAAUUUGGUCUCAACUGACUGUCGAUGACAUCCGCAUCACUCGUAUUACUGGAGGAAUAACUAAUCAAAUAUAUUUGUGUCAAAUCAUUGAUACGAAUAAUAACUUGGGAGGAGUGGGAAGGAAAGAGCCCACAGAAGUGAUAAUCCGGUUGAAUGGCUAUAAGUAUGACUUCAAGAACUUUGAUCCAAAGAAUCCGCGAUUCAAUGACGGCAUUAUAGUGUCCCUCAUCUCUGAAUCCGGAUUAGGACCACAACUGUAUGGACUCGACCCCAGCGGACAACUGCUUCAGUAUAUAAAACACCGGAGGUUUGAAAGACAAGAUUUAGAGGACAGCAAACUAAUGGACAAUUUAGCGAAAUCAUUGGCAAAAUUGCAUUCAUUGAAAGCACCCAUAGCUAGGAAUGAGGACUGGAUUACUGUAUAUUUCACAGCAAUUGCAGAGCAAAUGGACAACAAUUGGAAAGAGAGUCAGAAAUUACUUUACGUAAAGCAUGACUGCAAGGCUUUAUUAGAUUUUGAUUUGAAAUCAGAGUUACAAUGGAUUGUCUCUUAUAUCGGGAAACACUUCUCUGAUAUUCCUCUCGUCUUAUCUCACAAUGACUUCAGAAAUCAAAAUUUUUUCAUCAUUGAAAACAAUGAAGUGAUUUUAAAUGACUUUGAUUUCACGUCUUAUGGCAGCCGUGGCUUUGAUUUUGGAAGUUUUUUCGCGGCUUUGAUUACCGCCAAUGACUUGUCCGAAGACUUUCCCUUCGAGUCUAUAAUAAAGUCAUUCAUCAAUUGCUAUACCAAUGAAUGCAAGCAAUUGUUUGGAGACAAGUAUUCACUCAAACCAUACAAUUCUGCAGAGAAUAUGAUAAAUGAAAUCAAAUUCUUUGUGUUAAUUAACCAAAUGUUUGCCAUUUGUUUUUUCCUGUUUGAGAUCAAGAAUGUGCCGAUGGAUGAGAAAACGUGCCAUAAAUUGGUGAUAGCGUUGGCGGCGGUGAUGUUGGCUGUGGUGUCGGCCGAUAUGAUGCGGAAGUCCAUUGUGUUCGACCCGAAGACACCCAAAGUGUUUUACUGUCCGCAGGAGAAGCCCAUCGAUAUGUCCAAAAUGAUUGUCAAAGCCAUACCACUGGACAAGUUGUGCGAAUACGGGCCCAACGAUCUGCCGAAGAAGGCUAAGUCCGACUGUUAUAACGAUAUCGACGAGAGUGAAUACGCUUGCGCUGAGAAGCAACGCAUCGAGAUGCGGAUCAAUCCGCCCAACGAUACGGAGACGACCACAACAAUGAUACCGACGCCGGACGCGCCCAAACAUAUUAAGACCGAACACAUCAAACACGUCAACAACAAGAAGUCAACGAAACCCAAACAGAACAAGAAGUUGUGA